CUGUAUCCGGCUCCUGCGGUGCUGCUGGCAUGUGAUCCCCCCCCCUCCUGCUCUGCUCUGCUCAGUCUGAGCCAAUGACACCUUGCUCCUUCCUCGUGAGCGGGUUUCACCUGUGACUGAGACAGGGGGGCACGCUAACCAGCUGACUGACUGGCUGACCGUUUGGCUGGCUGGCAACUCAGGGCUCAGGUUUCACGCUCUCUAAGACAGAGGAGAGAAAGAAAGAGAGGGAGGGAGAGAAAGGUGCAACAUGGCUGUGGAAGAGGGUGCUGUCUUUCUGUCACCAUCGGACAGUAAUGCUAGUUACUUGCGUGCUGCCCGGGCAGGAAACCUGGAAAAGGCCCUUGACUACCUCAAGUCUGGGGUCGAGAUUAAUAUUUGCAAUCAGAAUGGUCUCAAUGCUCUUCAUCUAGCCUCCAAGGAGGGACAUGUAGAGGUGGUUGCUGAGUUGCUGAAGCUCGGGGCCAAUGUGGAUGCAGCCACAAAGAAAGGAAACACCGCUCUGCACAUAGCCUCGCUGGCUGGCCAAACGGAAGUAGUCAAAGAAUUGGUCACCAAUGGAGCAAAUGUCAACGCACAGUCUCAGAAUGGCUUCACACCCCUUUACAUGGCAGCCCAGGAGAAUCACCUGGAGGUGGUGCGGUUCCUUCUGGAGAACAACGCCAGCCAGAGUAUGGCCACCGAGGAUGGCUUCACCCCCCUGGCGGUGGCCCUUCAGCAGGGCCAUGACCAGGUGGUCUCCCUGCUACUGGAGAAUGAUACCAAGGGCAAGGUGCGUUUGCCUGCCCUGCACAUUGCCGCUCGCAAGGAUGACACCAAGGCCGCGGCCCUGCUACUGCAGAACGACCACAACGCAGACGUCGAGUCCAAGAGUGGUUUCACCCCUCUCCACAUCGCGGCUCACUAUGGCAACAUUAACGUGGCCACACUCCUGCUGAACCGAGGGGCCGCUGUGGACUUCAUGGCUAGGAAUGACAUCACACCGCUCCAUGUAGCAUCUAAAAGAGGGAACAGCAACAUGGUCAAGCUGCUGCUAGACAGAGGGUCCAAAAUAGAUGCCAAGACCAAGGACGGUCUGACGCCUCUCCAUUGUGGAGCGAGGAGCGGUCAUGAACAGGUGGUGGAAAUCCUACUGGACCGAGGAGCUCCCAUCUUGUCAAAGACCAAGAAUGGCCUGUCGCCGCUCCACAUGGCAACACAGGGCGACCACCUGAACUGCGUUCAGCUCCUGCUCCAUCACGAUGUGCCGGUGGACGACGUCACCAAUGACUACCUGACAGCGCUGCAUGUGGCCGCCCACUGCGGUCACUACAAGGUGGCCAAGCUCAUCGUGGACAAGAAGGCCAACCCCAAUGCUAAGGCCCUGAACGGGUUCACGCCGCUUCACAUUGCUUGCAAGAAGAACCGAGUGAAAGUGAUGGAGCUGCUGCUAAAACAUGGAGCCUCCAUCCAGGCUGUCACUGAGUCUGGCCUGACGCCCAUCCAUGUAGCUGCCUUCAUGGGCCAUGAAAACAUUGUCAACUCAUUGACGCACCAUGGAGCUUCACCCAACACCACCAAUGUGCGAGGAGAGACAGCCCUGCAUAUGGCAGCGAGGGCAGGCCAGGCAGACGUGGUGCGAUACCUGCUCCAGAACGGAGCAAAGGUGGAGACCAAGGCCAAGGAUGACCAGACCGCUUUGCAUAUCUCCAGUCGGCUGGGUAAGGCCGACAUCGUGCAACAGCUGCUGCAGUGUGGGGGGUCUGCCAACGCUGCCACCACCUCAGGCUAUACCCCCCUUCACCUGGCUGCCCGCGAAGGACACCAGGAUGUUGCCGCCAUGUUGCUGGAAAAUGGUGCUUCGCUCUCCUCCUCGACCAAGAAAGGGUUCAGUCCCCUGCAUGUGGCGGCAAAGUAUGGCAAGAUAGAGGUGGCCAGUCUGCUGCUGCAGAAGAGAGCGGCACCCGACGCUGCUGGAAAGAGUGGGCUAACUCCACUGCAUGUAGCCGCUCACUACGAUAAUCAGAGAGUGGCACUGCUGCUGCUGGAUCAAGGAGCUUCUCCUCAUGCUGCAGCUAAGAAUGGCUACACGCCACUCCACAUCGCUGCCAAGAAGAACCAGAUGGACAUUGGGACCACACUGCUGGAGUACGGUGCAGACACCAAUGCGGCGACGCGGCAGGGCAUCAGCCCUGUUCACCUGGCAGCUCAAGAGGGCAGUGUGGACCUGGUCUCACUACUCCUAGCCAAGAACGCUAACGUCAACGUGUGUAACAAGAGUGGUCUCACCCCCCUCCACUUAGCAGCUCAGGAAGAUAAAGUCAGUGUUGCAGAAGUCCUUCUCAACCAUGGAGCCGAUGUCAACCCACAAACAAAGAUGGGUUACACUCCUUUGCACGUGGCUUGUCACUAUGGCAACAUGAAGAUGGCAAACUUUCUGCUCCAGAACCAUGCCCAAGUCAAUGGCAAGACAAAGAAUGGGUACACUCCACUACACCAAGCAGCCCAACAGGGCCACACCCACAUCAUCAACCUGUUGCUUCAGCACGGCGCCUCAGCCAAUGACAUCACCGCGAAUGGGAACACUGCCCUAUCCAUUGCCCAUCGUCUUGGUUACAUCUCAGUGAUGGACACGUUGAGACCCAUGACGGAUGAAAACUUGACCACCGUGGCUGUAACAGAAAAACACAAGAUCAACGUCCCAGAGACCAUGAACGAGUUCCUCGAUAUGUCAGACGACGAGGUGGGGGCCAAUGUGCCUGAAAUUCUCAAUGAAGAGUGUAUUUCAGGUGUGGAUGAAGGUGAGGAUGCUAUGACCGGGGACACUGACAAAUACCUGCGGCCCCAGGACCUCAAAGAACUGGGAGAUGACUCUCUCCCUCAGGAGGGGUACAUGGGCUUCAGCAUCGGAGCCCGCUCAGCCAGCCUCCGCUCCUUCAGUUCGGAUAGGUCCAACACCCUCAACCGGAGCUCCUUUGCUCGCGACAGCAUGAUGAUAGAAGAGAUCCUGGCUCCCACCAAGGACACGCACCUGGCUGUGACUCGGGACUACAACUCUGAGUGCAUGCGGCGCUACAGCUGGACUCCCGACACCGUGGACCACAGCCACAACACUGUGUCCAGCCCCAUCCACUCCGGGUUCCUGGUCAGCUUCAUGGUGGACGCCCGUGGUGGCUCCAUGAGAGGCAGCCGCCACAACGGCAUGCGCAUCAUCAUACCCCCCAGGAAGUGCACGGCACCCACACGGAUCACAUGCCGCCUGGCCAAGCGGCACAAGCUGGCAUAUCCUCCACCCAUGGUGGAGGGAGAGGGACUGGUCAGCCGGCUGGUGGAGGUGGGGCCUGCUGGGGCUCAGUUCCUUGGCCCUGUGAUUGUAGAGAUCCCUCAUUUUGGCUCCAUGCGGGGAAAAGAAAGGGAGCUGAUUGUCUUAAGGAGUGACAAUGGUGACACGUGGAAGGAACACCAGUCUGAUGGCAGACCAGAGGACCUCUUUGAGCUGCUGAAUGGGAUGGAUGAAGAGCUUGACAGCCCUGCUGAGCUGGAGAAGAAGCGCAUUUGCCGCAUCGUCACAAGAGAUUUCCCACAGUACUUUGCAGUGGUGUCACGGAUCAAGCAGGAGUCCAACCACAUGGGUCCCGAAGGAGGCGUGCUGUCCAGUACCACUGUGCCAAUUGUCCAAGCCUCGUUCCCACUUGGGGCGCUCACCAAAAAGAUUCGUGUUGGCCUGCAGGCCCAGCCUGUGCCAGAUGACAUGGUGAGGGCAGUGCUUGGCAACAGAGCAACCUUUAGCCCAAUUGUCACUGUGGAGCCCCGAAGGAGGAAGUUCCAUAAGCCAAUCACCAUGACGAUCCCUGUCCCACCCAGGUCGGCGGAGGGCCACCCCAGUGGUCACAGAGGCGACUCGGCGCCCUGCCUGCGCCUGCUCUGCAGCAUCACAGGAGGAACUUCUCCUGCUCAGUGGGAGGACAUCACAGGGACCACGCCACUGUCCUUUGUCACUGACUGUGUCUCCUUCACCACAAACGUGUCGGCCAGGUUCUGGCUUGCAGACUGUCACCAGAUUCCUGAGACGGUGAGUCUGGCGUCUCAGUUAUACCGGGAGCUGAUCUGCGUGCCGUAUCUGGCCAAGUUUGUGGUGUUCGCCAAGAUGAAUGACGCCGUAGAGUCUCGGCUCCGCUGCUUCUGCAUGACGGAUGACAAGGUGGACAAAACCCUGGAGCAGCAAGAGAAUUUUGAGGAGGUGGCCAGGAGUAAAGAUAUUGAGGUUCUGGAGGGUAAGCCUAUCUAUGUGGACUGCUAUGGCAACCUAUCCCCCCUGACCAAGAGUGGGCAACAGUUGGUUUUCAACUUCUACUCCUUCAAGGAGAACCGCCUUCCUUUCAAUGUGAAGGUCAGAGAUAUGAGCCAAGAACCAUGUGGCCGAGUUUCCUUCCUGAGAGAACCAAAAACUAUGAAAGGAUCUCCACACACUGCCAUAUGCAAUUUGAAUAUCACACUGCCAACCCACAAGAAGACUGAAAAGCCAGAUCGACGUCAUACCUUUGCCUCCUUAGCUUUGCGUAAGCGCUACAGCUAUCUGACCGACCCAGCAGCGAGUCCCCAGAGUCCCUGUGAACGAACAGAUCUGCGCAUGGCCAUAGUUGCUGACCACCUGGGACUCAGCUGGACUGAGCUGGCUCGGGAAAUGGACUUCACAGUGGAUGAGAUCAACCACAUCAGAAUAGAGAACCCCAACUCCCUGACAGCGCAGAGCUUCAUGCUGCUUAAGAAAUGGGUCAGCCGGGAUGGGAAAAACGCCACUACGGAUGCCUUAACUGCAGUGUUGGCCAAAAUCAAUCGGAUGGAUAUUGUGACUUUACUGGAGGGCCCGAUAUUUGACUAUGGUAACAUUUCAGGCACAAGAAGUUUUGCCGAUGAUAACGCUGUUUUCCGGGAUCAGGCUGAUGAUUAUCAGAGCAUCCUAGCGGAGCUGCAGUCCCCUGCAGCACUGCACUCUGACCCUCACUUCCUGGAACCUGAACUCCCCGUUACCCCCAAUCCCAACCCCGCCCUCCACCAUCACCACCACCAUUACCCAGACCCUCUUGCAUUAGCUGGCCCCCACCAUCAGCCUCUGCCCUGGAGCCCAGAGAUAGAGCCUUGUAGCAGAGAGCCAGACAGCCCCCCAACGAGUCCCCCAAGACCCUGUGAGCUUGCCCUGUCUGUCCCAGCCUUUGUCCUCCCUGAUCCUGUUUCCCCAACUGUCAGAAAACCAUACAUCGCUCUGAAUGACCAGCUACUACUGAGCGAAGAGGAGGACAGGUCUUAUCAAGAAGCCGAGGUAAACCUCAGGCCCAAGUCCUUCACUUCACCCGAGAGGUGUGAGUUAGACAAAGACUUGGCUUACUUCACAUCUUCCCCUUCAAUAUCAUCUGUAUCAUCGAUAUCUCCUUCAUCACCUGAGAAAGCGCCAGUGGACACAGGAGGAAGGCAGGCAGGUCCUCCCACUGGGAUGUCAGAGGUGGUGAAAAGAGGGGAACAGGAGGUAGCUAAAGAGAUAUUGGAAGUUAUAAAGACAGGUGCAGCAGAGUUAGUAGAGGGAAAUGGUGUAGUUGGGGAAGAGGAGAAGCAGGAGUCAAUUAAAAAUGUGGAAGGGGUAGAUGAUGCCGUGGAAGGAAAAUGUGAGAAGACGGCAAAAGAUGUUCAUAAAUUGGCAGAGGAGGGUAGCAUUGUAGUGGAAAAGAAGACUGAGUCUGCAGAGGAGGGGAAAGAUCUGAUGCAUGAGGAGCAUAACAUGGAACAUGGCAAAAUGGGGUCAAGGUGUGGUUCAAAGGGGAUGGGAGAGGUACAAAAUGAGAGCGAAGAACAGCAUAUCCUAACAGAAAGAGAUUAUAAGGUUGAAGAACAUAGUGCUGUGAUAGAAGAGGAGACUGAUUAUAAAAUGUUCGAGGUUAGGACUGAGGGGACAGAUGGUAAAAUCAGAUGUACAGAUGGGAGGAAUGAGAAAAGCGACUGCCAAAGUAAGAUACUGGAGGAUGGGGUUAGAGAGCCACAGUUCAUAGUUGAUAAAGGGCCAUGUAGGAAUGAAGCCAUUGUGGAAGGCGCAGAGGGGGCAAUGAAGGAAGUUGAGUCAGAUGUGGAACAGGCUACGUCCAGUCUCUCCCCUCAGGCCUGGGUUGUGGCGCUCAGGGAGCUCCAGCCCAGCAAGUCUAGUUCCGAUGAGGAAGAGGAGGAUGGAGACAGAGGUGAAGAAAUUACAGAAGAGGCUUUGAGGUCUCAGUUGGAGGAGGUGAACAAGGACGGAGGCUCAGAGGAGGAGGGGGUUGAGGAGAUGACCCAGGCCAGGGUUCAGGAGAUUCUCAGUCAGGUCAAUGAAGUGUGUUCACUUCCAGGUUGGCACAGUCAGUCAUCCAGCGUCAAUGUGGAGCCACCCACACCAGGGCGCAGUGUCAGUUCAGACCUGCUGGACAGACAGGAAAUCAGCCAAGAGAACUCUAGCGACUCCAUCACAUCCUCCUCCAGGGGUGAAUCAGGGAGAUCCCGGCAGAAUGGAGACCACUCACAGCACUCCCCUCCAGAUGACUCAAAAAACUCAUCCAGUGGCAGGACAGAAGAAGGAGCACUGGUGUCAGAGAAGAAAGUCCAGCGAGUUAGUAUUGAUUCUGGCUCAGAUGAGGAACAGACUGUAACCACCAGGAUCUUCCGGCGACGGGUCAUUCUAAAGGGAGAACAGGCGAAAAAUGUACCAGGCGAGUCUGUGACAGAGGAACACUUUAUCGAUGGAGAUGGUAACCUCAUCACUAGAAAAGUAAUCAGGAAAGUUAUCAGGCGUGUAACUUCCCCAACGCCAGAGUACCAGACAGGGGGCAUAGGGAUGUGGGACAGAGGAGAUCCUUGGCCCAGUCCCAUCCUGCAGGAGGAGGAGUCGGAGCAAGGGGAGGGAACUAAAAAUGGCAGGAGAAAGGAGGACAGGCGGUCAGGAGAAAAGAAGCUCCACUCGUAGGGAUGGAUGUGCUCUGCCAGAUGUUCAGGAACAGUGUUAAAUGUUUCCUGGGAACAAAGGUUACAGACGGCUGGAAAGCUCAUGUGUAUGAACCUCAGCCAAUGGUGACGUUGGCAACUUUCCACUUCAAACGCAUGGUUUUCAAGCCAGAGGACUUGACCUGUCUGACUUUAGCAUGAGCAUGAAAAACUCAUUCCCUAUCAAUCAAAGGACCUAGGAGGCUCUUAACUCCUGACUGCAGAUGUGUGGAGGCUGAUUCUCCUUCCUGCUUCGCGUGACUCUACAUACGUGCCAUUGGUCCACUGGUGUCGUCAGAGCUUUUGAGGAGCAUCAUUUGUUGGGACAACAACAGAAAAAAAAACUGUUACACUAAACCACACAGGUGCAACUGCAAACACACUUCCCUGUGACCAAAGAUGGCACAAAAGCUUCAUUCAUGUGAUGGGGGAAAGAAAAGAAUGAAAUAAACAAAAUAACACAAAAACGUCAAAUGGGACACUUCUGAUCCAACUUCAACACUCGCCUUAGUUUUUUCUUGGACCCAUUAUUGUCCGGAUGUAAAUUGUUUUGGGUUGUUUAUUCCUUCCUUUUUAAAACUGAAACUAACAAGAAAGCUUUUUUUCUGUAUGUAAAACUACAAUAUGUAAAAUUCUUAAAAAAUAAUUAGUUACUGGUUGAAAAUGUGCUACAAAAAAAGAAGCAAACUUUUCAAGUGCUUUCGAAAAUUUGUUGAAAUGGUUCCACUUUUAAGGAAAAUACGAGUGUAACUUCACAUGUUCUUGUACAAUUAAUUAUUAAAGGAGGUAUAAUGUUUGUAUAUGAAAAAGCUGGUUUGAUUUUAACAGAGGAAAUUUCCAGAAAAUCUGCAAAUUUCAGUAAUUCCCAAAGUGGGGAUAGAUCUAAUCCUGCAAAAAGCAGCCUUUCAGAGUACUCAUAUUUUCAUGCAUGCCGUUCACAUUAUUUUAAGUACAAUUUUUACAAGUUUGCAAACACUGUAUUAAAAGGAAAAUUACACCCCUUUAUGUGUAUACUCAUAUAGCCCUAACAUUUGCCACUGAUUUUGUAUUUUAAACUCAAAGAGGAUGCCAUUAAAGCAUUUAUCCCGAUGGGAAUGAGGGAACAGUACGACAGAAAGCUAAGUACGACAGGUUCUGCAAGGUUCAAUGUCUUGUCCUUCUAUGUAAACCUGGGUGGCAGCUUCUGCUACAAGAAAGAAAUAUUCAGAAUGUAUAUGCUAGUAGGCUGGCUCACUGUAGACUUAUAACUGUAUUGUGUGUGUUGGCUAUGAGGUUUAGGAGUCUCUGUACACUGUUAGACUGUAAACAUUUUAGCAGUGUGUCCAUUUGAUUUUCUAAAGGCUGCUGUGGUAUUAAUGGAAAAACCUGGGCAUUUCAUUUUUUUUUGUUUUGUUUUUUGUUUUUGUUUUUUGGUGAGGCAUUUCCUUACUUUAAAACCUACUCACAGUAAGAAUACAUAAAGACAUUAUUUGAUUGUAGCUCUAAAUAGCAUAUUGUAUGACAAAACACUGGAUGGUCAAAGCAAUUAUUUAAGCAUUAAAUAAAUUGUGUUUAACUCUGAAACUGUGUGAUCUUUUUUAGGCUUGAGAAUCUGUAUAUGCAGUGUUGAGUAGAAUUGUUUCCGAUAGCUCAUUGGCAAAACUAUUCUUGCAUUAGAAAUUCUCUUUGUAUUGGUUUUGAUUAGAUGCCCAUGUAGUUCAAGUGUGGUGUUCUACUGGUGUGAUGGCUCAGACAUAGUGUGCUGAUGUUUAUGCUGUGGCAAACAUGACAACCAUGUAAAGGACUUCAUUUAUCUUUCAGGUGGGUGAAGUCAGGUAGGAUGUUGUCUCACAUCCCCAUAUCCCAAUAUGUCAGUCAGGGGGCAGAGGAUCCUUUGAUAUGGUUGAAUGAUCAACUUUGUCUAUUUUGUUUGAUAUGUGUUUUCACCUGAGCUGAUUUUUUUUUCAAUGUACAAUUCCUACUAACAGAGUGAAGCCAUUGAAAUGUAACAGUUCUAGCACUUUGGUUAUUCAAAGCCUUCUUUUAGAAGCUAUAUCAGCAAUGAUGCCGCCACAAAUGUUUCAGACGUCUUUAAAAAUCGAUUACAAAAAACAACAAUAAAAAUGCAUUG